AUGAAGCUGUCCGAAGACCUUGGGCCGACUGGAGCACAAUCGGCUCCAUCUCGGGCCACGUUAACGCCCACGCCUGCGCCUGCGCCUGCCCCUACGCCCACGCCCACAGGCCAAACGCCGCGCCGGCUUCCUGUCAACCCCCGCCGACACAAGGUUGCUCCCGAGCAUCGCAAGCGUGUCGCCACAGCGUGCAAUGCUUGCAAUUGCCAAUCCUCUUCGCGCGAAUGCAUAUAUCCUCAGCCUGUUGAGAAAGUCUCUAUUACUCGCUCAGAGCUGCAAGAAUUGAAGCGCAAGGUCGGUCUCUAUGAACGAGUUCUUCGCGAUACCGUACCCGGAGCCGUCUCGAAUGCGGUCACUGAUACCGCAAGUCGCCAAGAACUCUCCGAGCUGCUUGGCUGGACUGCCUCUAGCCACGAUGCUGGGUCAGCAGCUGCUAGCCAAGCGGCACAGACAACACUAACAGACGGGCCGGUCCAUAUCGUGCGGAUGCCGUCUGAGCUUCCACAACUUCAAUAUCCCGGGGUAAAUCGGCAAUUCGACCAGCAACCUCAGGCUCAUCCCCAAGCUCACCUAUCCAAUGCUCGCUUACACGAACCCAACCUUGGACCAUCACGGCCUCACCUUGUCCAACUUCCACAUUCUUUGGCGGCUCCUCACCACCGCCAAGAUGAUGAAGAGAACCUGGCGUCAACAGAAGGCCGUUUACUGCACGACCCCGACGGCCAUGCACGUUUCUUAGGCGAGACAAGCGGUGCAACUUUCCUUGACUAUCUCAAGGAGUUCAUGACUACUGUCCUGCCGCUUGCAUAUCAGAAUCUUCGACCAGGCUCUGAUGGCAGUGCGUUCCUGUCAAGUCUUGGUCGCUAUCAGACCUAUGACUCCCGUCCUUUACAUGAUCGAGAUGUUGACCCUACUUGGUUUCCUCUACCCGAUCAAAUGGAUUCUAUGUUGUCAGAACUACGCUACUUCAUCCAAGACGGCAAUGGCAACUGGCCAAGCGGAGGCAUCUACUGGUGGGGGAACCUCUCUACAACGCCUACGGUUCCUCCCAUGGAACGAGACUCUCCAAUCGUCCGGUUAACGAAAUGCCGCCCUCUCGCUUUGUAUCAUACGGCAUUUGCCAUGGUGGCUCAGGCUACCAUCAUGCCUCCUCAGGAUAUCUCCAUAGACUCUCACCUCAGCGAGAACUACUUUAGUCGAGCCCGUAUGCUUCUCGGGAACCCGCUCGACAUCACGCGAUUUACUCCCAACGAAGUAGCCGCGUUGACACUGAUGGGCUUCUACUUGAUCGAGAUGAAUCGUCGAGACGCUGCAUAUAUGGGUUGGCUAGAUGAAAGCGGCAAGCGCGUGUUUUGGACACUAUAUGUACUAGAUCGCUAUCUGAGCUGCCUUAUGGGAAGACCCCCGACUAUCAUGGAUGAUGCCAUCCGGUUACCUCUACCUUGCGAUGCCCCCUCUCUACCUCCGGCGGACGGCCUGAAGGCUCAUGUUGAGCUCUCAAGAAUCUCAAGUCACAUCGUGUGUAAUACCUAUCGCAUAUCCCCCUCGGAAGACAACGUUAGACCUAUUAGAAGUCUUGAAGGAGAAAUCGCCAUGCUUGAUGACUGGAGUCUACACCUUCCGGCAUCAGUACGACUCGCAAGUAACGGACUGAGCGACGACCCAGCUACCUGUCUGUUGCACAUGCACUAUAACCAGCUCAUAAUCUUAACGGUCCGCCCGGUUUUCUUUGCUUUCGUGAAAAAGUCGUUUGCGGAAAAGCUUGUUUCCCGUCAAUGCUCCUUGAGUUCACAUCCUCAACUACCGCAGCUCAAGCGAUGUGUAGCCUCGGCAGAGCACAACAUCCGACUUGCACGCCAGAUUUUGCUGGUCAAUCAUCCUCGGAAGCUCCUCCAAGCUGGUCUCCAUUUCAUCUUCAACUCUGCUAUUGUGUUGAUGUUACAGCAGUUGGUUGAGGAUCUGUGUCCUUCUUCCAGAAGCGACAAAGCUCGAUCGCUGGAUCUAGACUUUGUGAUCGCUCGGUUCGAAGAUGAGAGUCGCGUUGGGAGCAACUAUGGGCGGGAUUGUGCCACAGUUCUUCGAGACCUCCGUGUCCUCGUGCAGCGUCUCCCUAUACCAGUUGACAUGAACACCGUAACACGCCCUAUUAAUAUGCCACAACCCUCAACAACUUACGAUCCGAUUGCAAAUCGAACAACAGUAGAUAUGGGACAACAAUGGUCGGAUAAGUUGACCUCGGAGGCGCUGCAGCAACCGAUUCUUAUUGAUCAAGGUCACGAUCUAUACAAUGAGCUGGUUUCUUGGAUCGAAGUUGAUUGGCAGGCCUUCAACGGCUAUCUGAUUUGA